CUGAGCGGCGCUGCGCGGCGCGGGGCCGCCAUGGCCGCCAAGGACAACCCGUGCAGGAAGUUCCAGGCCAACAUCUUCAACAAGAGCAAGUGCCAGAACUGCUUCAAGCCCCGCGAGUCCCACCUGCUCAACGACGAGGACCUCAACCAGGCCAAACCCAUUUAUGGCGGCUGGCUGCUGCUGGCGCCCGAAGGAACGGAYUUUGACAACCCCGUGCACCGCUCCCGGAAAUGGCAGCGCCGCUUCUUCAUUCUCUACGAGCACGGGCUGCUGCGCUACGCCCUCGACGAGAUGCCGACAACACUCCCGCAGGGCACCAUCAACAUGAACCAAUGCACGGAUGUGGUAGAUGGGGAGAGUCGGACGGGGCAGAAAUUCUCCUUGUGCAUCCUGACCCCGGAGAAGGAGCAUUUCAUCCGAGCGGAGAACAAGGAGAUCAUCAGCGGGUGGCUGGAGAUGUUGAUAGUCUAUCCAAGGACGAACAAGCAGAAUCAGAAGAAGAAGAGGAAGGUGGAGCCUCCAACUCCCCAGGAGCCUGGUCCUGCUAAGAUGGCUGUGACCAGCAGCAACAUCCCCAGCGCAGAGAAGGUCCCUGCCACCAAGUCCACGCUUUGGCAGGAGGAAAUGAGGGGCAAAGAYCAAGCAGACGGCAGCAGCGGCCUCGGCCCAGCUCAGACCCCCGUGCAGGGCCAGGCAGCAGCUGCCGGCUCCCUGAAGGAGCCCACGCUGGAUGGCAAAGAAGAUGAGAGCUCCAUGAAUGGCGACCGGAUAGACUGCGGGCGGAAGACACGUGUCGAGAGUGGUUACUUUUCCUUGGAGAAGACCAAGCAAGACUCGAAGCUGGAAGAACAGCAGUUGCCGCCCCCACCGAGCCCUCCCAGCCCCAGCACCCCAAACAACAGGUACAGUUAUCCCAAAUCGCCCUCACAGGAGCAUGCCCAGCCCUUUCCUUCCCCAGGUACCCGAUCAGGCGACCGAAUGAUUCACAGCUUCUCUCUGAACUCCUUGGACUCGAAGAACACUUGCCCCAUGCACAAGGACUCCAACAGCAGAGAUAUAGCAAGGGGAGCUGAAAAAUCGGGGCGUCCCCUUUCUUUUAAAGCCAGCCGGCAGUACACCACCCUGGCCGACGUUCCCAAGGCCAUUAGGAUCAGUAAUCGUGAGGCCUUCCAGGUGGAGAGGAAACGGCUAGAGCGGAGAACCCGGGCRCGUAGCCCUGGGAGAGAAGAAGUGGCCCGGCUCUUUGGCAAUGAGAGAAGGCGAUCCCAAGUCAUUGAAAAGUUCGAGGCAUUAGAUAUUGAGAACGCAGAGCACAUGGAAACGAACACGUCGGCAGCAGCCGCUGCCCUCUCCAGCGAUACGCGGCAGGGCAGGAGUGAGAAGAGGGUUUUCCCAAGGAAACGGGACUUCACUUCCGAAGCUGCCGCCGUGGGCUCCAUCCUGGAUGCAUCUGCUUCUCCACUGUCUCCGCACCGUCGAGCAAAAUCACUGGAUAGAAGGUCCACYGAGUCCUCUAUGACGCCUGACCUGCUGAACUUCAAGAAGGGCUGGUUGACGAAGCAGUACGAGGACGGGCAGUGGAAGAAACACUGGUUUGUGUUGACGGAUCAGAGCCUGAGAUACUACAGGGAUUCAGUGGCGGAGGAGGCAGCUGACCUGGAUGGGGAAAUCGAUUUAUCUACGUGCUAUGAUGUUACCGAGUACCCGGUGCAGCGAAACUACGGCUUCCAGAUCCACACUAAAGAAGGGGAAUUCACCCUCUCCGCCAUGACGUCUGGAAUUCGCCGGAACUGGAUUCAGACCAUCAUGAAGCACGUUCGCCCCACCACUGCUCCUGAUGUCACAAGCUCCUUGCCAGAGGAGAAAAGMAAAACGAGCUCUUCCUUCGAGACUAGCCCAAAGCCGAGCGAGAAGCCGGACACCGAGCAAGUCGAGAUGGAUCCGGAGCAGAAGCGGAGCCGGGCCCGGGAGCGCAGGCGGGAAGGACGGUCCAAGACCUUUGACUGGGCUGAAUUUCGCCCCAUCCAGCAAGCCCUGGCGCAGGAGCGGGCAAACGCCUCCGACUCCUCCAAGGGCAGCACCACCGCCUUCCCCAAAGACAGUGGUGCUCUGGACACAGAUCCGGGAGAGCUGGAGAGGGAGCGUGCCCGCCGGAGGGAGGAGAGGCGCAAGCGCUUCGAGAUGAUCGAUGCCGUGGACGGCGCCGGGCCGGAGGAGACGCUAAGGAUGGAGGUGGACAGGAUCCCGGGCCUGCCCGGCACCGCAGACAUGAAGCCGCAGAACGUUCACGUGGAGAUCGAGCAGCGCUGGCACCAGGUGGAGACGACCCCGCUGCGCGAGGAGAAGCAGAUCCCCAUCGCGCCGCUGCACCUCGCCGCCUCGGACGACCGGGACGAGGGGCUCGCAAAGCAGCACUUAACCGCGCUGCUGGAGAAGGAGUUGGAGCAGAAGCAGAAGGAGGCCUUGGAGCUCCUGGAGCAGAACCGGCACCUGCAGGACGAGCUGAAAGUGGCUCUGGGCCGGGAACAGAGCGCCCGCGAGGGCUACGUGUUGCAGACCGAGGUGGCCACCUCGCCAUCAGGUGCCUGGCAGAGGCUCCACAAAGUCAAUCAAGACCUCCAAAGCGAGCUGGAAGCCCAAUGCCAGCGCCAAGAGCUCAUCAACCAGCAGAUUCAGUCGCUGAAACGUAGCUAUGCCGAGGCCAAGGACGUGAUCCGGCACCACGAAGUGGAGAUCCAGAGCCUGCAGGCCAGGCUCAGUAACGCGGCGGCCGAGUUGUCCAUCAAAGAGCAGACGUUGGCCAAGCUGAGGAACGACCUGAGGAGCGAGAAGGAGAAAGCCAAGGAGCAGCUGGAGGAGUGGCAGCACGGCGAGGCCACGCUGAGCUCGCAGCUGAAAGCCAGCGAGCAGAAGCUGAAGGCCGCGGAGGCCCUGCUGCUGGAGAAGACGCAGGAGCUUCGGGAUCUGGAAAUGCAGCAGGCUUUGCAGAGGGACCAUCAGAAAGAGGUGCAGAGGCUCCAAGAUAGGAUCGCGGACCUGAGCAGGCAGCUGAACGCUAGCGAGCAAGCCCGGAUGCUGAUGGAAGAGAAGUUGCAGAAGAAUUAYGAGGCUUUGCUGGAAAGCUGUGAGAGGGAAAAGCAGGUUUUGAUACGGAGUCUGAAGGAGGUAGAGGAUAAGGCCAAUGAGUAUGAGAAUCAGCUACGAAAUAAUGAGCAGCAAAUGGAGAUUCUGCAGAAAGAGAAACUGAGUGCAAAAUUUGAAGGCAGUGAGAUUGUCCACCAGCUGGAGGAGCAACUGGUGAUGAAGGAGGCCAGUAUCCUGAAACUYGCGGAGCACAUCAAGGAGCUUGAGAGGGAGAGGGAUCAGAUCAAAUGUAGGUUUCAUGAGCUCAUGAAUCAGGUUGCGGAGUCGGAUAAUGAAGUUGCAAAGCUGCAAGCAAAGUUGAAAAUGGAAGAGACCAACUACCGCAACCUGGAGCAAUCGUUUGAGGAGAUAUCAGAUCAGUUCCAGAGUGUGCAGAAGGUGCUGAAGGAAAAAGAAGAGGAGCUGAGACAUGUUAAGGAAAUGCACUUGCGGAUUGUGGAGAAGAAAGAUCAAGACCUCAGUGAGGCUCUGGUUAAAAUGGUUGCUUUAGAUAGCAGUUUAGAGGAGACUAAAAUAAAGCUAAAGGCCAAAGAGGAGGCUUUAAAGAAACUGGUUAGUGUAGGCCCAGCUCCAUGUGCUGAGGAGGCAGAAGAGCUUGGCCCUGGUGUUGAGACUGAUGAAGGUCAUCCUGCUCAACUGGGGCAACAUCUGCAAACUCAUGAUGUCCUUCCAGGUCUGAAUUAUGCACCCAAGGAAGAGGAUGAUGACGUUCUUGAGACCAACCAGAGGCAAGUUGAAGAAUUUGAUUCUCCAGCCAAAGCCGCAGAGCUCCAAGACCAGGAGUUGGUUCAGAAAGCCCUGGCAAAGCCUGAUAUAGGAAUCAUGGGUGCCAAGAGGCAAAGAAUCCGUUUCUCGAGCAUCCAGUGCCAAAAAUAUAUACACCCAGAUGGAUCUGAGAAAAACUGGACAAGCAGCACUUCCUCAGACACGAGUCAAGACCGAUCGUUGUCUGAAGAAAGCAUGUCAUCAGAGCCAGCUCUUGGCUACCCAUCCUCAGGGACGAGUGACUCUGAGACCUAUCUCUCCAUCAUCCAUUCCUUGGAAACCAAACUUUAUAUUACAGAGGAGAAGCUCAAAGAUGUGACCAUGAAGCUGGAAAGCCAGCACGGGCAUAACCAGGAGACGCUGAUAGCCCUUCACCACCAGUGGGCCAGCACGGAGUCCCAGCUGCGGGAACAGCUUCAAACCAGCUUAUCCCAAGUCAGUGCUCUGAUCUCACAGCUGGAAAACGAGAGGCAGGAAAAGGUGAAACUAACAGAAAACCACGUUAGCGAGCUGGGAGGUUUCCAAAUGAGAAAUGAUCAAGCACUGACUUGCCUGGAGAAAUGCAGGGAGCAGCUAAGAUCUCUGCCCAAAUCAGACAAGGAAAAAGAGGGUGAUUUGUUUCUUGUUACUCUGUCCAGCAUGGAAACAACCUUAUCAAAUGCAAUCCAAGCCUUAAGAGGGGCACUAAUCUCAUCUGAGUAUCAGCAGGGUGAAGGCCUUAUCACACAGAGCCCGGCCUCAGAAGGAGUUUGUUUUAGUGAAGAGGAACGUGCCUGCAAGGAGCAGCAAGUGGAAAUGGUCGAUGCAGGCCAGCUAAGGUGGCUUUCUGACAGGGUGGCGUUUGAAGCCUCUCUAAUCAACCAGAUAGCAGAGUCUUUGAAAAAUGCAAGCUCCGAGAUAUCUCAGAUUCUCAGAGAGAUCCAAGGAACAGCUGAGGUGGUUUUGUUAGAGCCAGCAAAUGUUUCUCAUACAGCAAUUGAUUUGGCCGGCGUCCUAUCUAAGAAGCUGCUGCUGGAAGGGGAAUUUUGGAGCCAGGUGGAGGAGCUAAGAAUGCACUUGAGCACCAGAGAAGGAGAAGCAGAGGGCAAAACGGAGACAGCAGGUUUGGGCUUUUCACCAUGUUUUCUCAGCACAGUAGCAGAUGCUACAUUGAUCAAGGCAGAACUUGGCUUUGUUGCACAGAAAAUGAGAGAGUCUUUUCAUCAGAGAUUAAAAACUAUCGAAGAGGACCUUCAUAACACCAAAACAGCCCUCCAGCAACAUAAAUGCAUGCUGGAGGAAAUCAUCAAAGCAUACAGGACUCCUGAGUUUGACGGGGUCAUGCAUCAGAUUUCUGAAGCACUUGAAAUCCAAAAAGAUGCCUCGGAAAGAACCCAGAUCUCAUGGGAUGGGAACCACGUACAAAUGAUGCCCUAUCAGGAAGUAGCCAAGAUGGAGGAGACCUGCAGUUUGCCCRACCGCAGUAGCGAAGCUCUUGUUUCCAUUCAAGAAGACCUUGCCCAACAACUGAAGGACAAGUCCAGUGUCCUUAAGGAAAUAGCCGUUGCCUUAUUAUCUCUGCCUCCCGAGGAAGCCAUGAGGGAUUGCCAGAAACUCCUCAAAAUAUCUCAGAGUCUUUCAUACCRUUCGUGCAUGGGCGACCUUGAGCGCUACUCCUCUUUGUUAGUCCAAGAUGCAAUUGUUCAGGCUCAGGUUUGUUACGCAGCUUGCAGGGUCAGACUAGAGUACGAGAGAGAGCUGAAGUCUUACAAGGAAUCCUUGCAGAGCAUGGACGCGCUCUGCCAAGAGCGGGUGAAAACGGUGUCUCUGCUUCGGGAUGAGUAUGAAGAUUUGCUCAGAAAGCAGCAGGGUGAAUACGGGGAGGUGAUAGCCAUGCUGGAGCGGGAGAACGCGGACCUCAAAGCAAAAGUGGCCCAGCUUGAUGGCCAGCGAAGGUUCUUAGAGGAGGAAGAGCACAAGCACAGCAAGAGCAUCAGUGAACUGCAAGGCAGAUACGAGGAGGAGAUUCGAAACGUGAUAGAGCAGCUGAACAGGACAGAGGACGCUCUCAAGGCCGAGCGGACCGAGGGCCUAAACCAACUUGAUGCCGUUGUCCGUGAUAAGGAGAACAUGGAGCGGUACCACCUGGAGCAGAUGCAGACGUUGGAGGAUAAGUUCCAGGCCAAGAUAAAGGAACUGCAAGUGAUCCACAGCGAGGAGCUGCAGGCGCUGCAGGAGCAUUACAGCCAGAACCUGCAGCAGCUGCAGGAGACCCUGGACGAGUACGAGAGGCAGCAGCCCGAGGCAGCACCCGCGGAGGCGCCGGGCGCCGGGAGCACCCAGCUCCCCGGGAGCGAGCCGGACUCCAUGCACGGCCUCCGAGAGCGCAUCCAGGAGCUGGAGGCCCAGAUGAACACCAUGAGAGACGAGCUGGAGAACAAGCACCUGGAGGGAAAUGCCUCGACUUUGAGGGAAAAAUACCAGAAAGACUUUGAAAACUUAAAGGCAACAUGUGAACGGGGCUUUGCAGCCAUGGAGGAGACGCACCAGAAGAAGAUUGAGGACCUGCAGCGGCAGCACCAGCGGGAGCUGGAGAAGCUGCGGGAGGAGAAGGAUCGCCUGCUGGCAGAAGAAACCGCGGCCACCAUUUCAGCCAUCGAGGCCAUGAAGAACGCUCACCGGGAGGAGCUGGAGCGGGAGCUGGAGAAGUCCCAGCGCUCGCAGAUCAGCAGCGUCAACGCCGACAUCGAGGCCCUGCGGAGGCAGUACCUGGAGGACCUGCAGUCGGUGCAGCGGGAGCUGGAGGUCCUUUCGGAGCAGUAUUCCCAGAAGUGUCUGGAGAACGCCCACCUGGCGCAGGCGCUGGAGGCGGAGAGGCAGGCCCUGCGGCAGUGCCAGCGGGAGAACCAGGAGCUCAACGCCCACAACCAGGAGCUGAAUAACCGCCUGGCUGCGGAGAUCACGCGACUGCGGACGUUGCUGACCGGCGAGGGCGGAGGAGAGGCUGCUGGGUCGCCUCUCACGCAGGGCAAGGACGCCUACGAGCUGGAGGUCCUGCUGCGGGUCAAGGAGUCAGAAAUCCAGUACCUGAAGCAGGAGAUCAGCUCCCUCAAAGACGAGUUGCAGACAGCACUGAGGGAUAAGAAAUACGCCAGUGACAAGUACAAAGACAUCUACACAGAGCUGAGCAUUGUGAAGGCCAAGGCAGACUGUGAUAUCAGCAGGUUGAAAGAGCAGCUGAAAGCAGCCACAGAAGCUCAGGGAGAGAAAUCCCCUGUGAACACCACUGUAUCGGGAUAUGAUAUUAUGAAAUCAAAAAGCAACCCUGAUUUCUUGAAGAAAGACAGAUCCAGUGUUAGCCGACAGCUAAGGAAUAUCAGGUCAAAGAGUCUGAAGGAAGGCCUGACUGUGCAAGAACGCCUGAAGCUUUUUGAAUCCAGGGACUUGAAGAAAGACUAGUUCUCCCCGCUCCGCUUCACCACGCGCACCGCCCGGCUUGAGGCAGCACGAGCACCAGCACCGUUUGUCUCUCGCCCCUUGCGACUGUCCUUGCUGUCGUCCGCCCUGG